UUCAUUUUGCUCUGUCACGUUCUUUCUUUCCUCAUCUUCCUAAAGCAAACUCAUUUUGCUCUGCCCACGAACUGAUUAUUUCGCCAUGAAUCCAUCGUCACCACCUCAUCACCAGCAGCUGCAAGAGCAAGAGCGUGAUCAAGAUGGAUGCCCGACCAGGAAGAAGAAGGACCCGGGAUGGGCGGAGGCGGCGGCGCGCGCGGUAGCCGGCGAGGCGCGUGCGCAGCGAGGUAUCGCGCUGCCGCUGAUCGGCAUGAACCUGAUGUGGUUCGCCAAACAGGCCAUCACCACCGCCUUCCUCGGCCGGCUCGGCGACCUGGAGCUGGCCGCCGGCACACUGGGCUUCAGCUUCGCUAACGCCACGGGGUUCGCCGUCCUGACGGGUCUCUGCGGCGCCAUGGACCCCAUCUGCGGCCAGGCGCACGGCGCCGGGAACGCGGGGCUCCUCCGUAGGACGCUGCUCAUGGCCACUGCCAUGCUCCUCGCCGCCUCCGUGCCCAUCGCUCUGCUCUGGCUCCGCGUCGACGCCGUGCUCCUCCACGUCUUCGGCCAGCAGCCUGACAUCUCUGCAGUGGCGAGGAGGUACGUCGUGUGCCUCCUCCCGGACCUUGCCAUCUCCUCUUUCCUCGGCCCGCUCAAGGCGUACCUGAGCUCGCAGGAGGUGACGCUCCCGACGCUCUUCGCCUCCGCCGUGGGGCUCGCCGCCCACGUCCCGCUCACCGUGUGGCUGUCACGGACCAGGGGCGUCGAGGGCGUCGCCGCCGCAGUCUGGCUCAGCGACCUCGCAACUGCCGUCGGGCUCGCGGCCUACGUCGCCAUCCUCAUGAAGAAGAACAACGGAAAGGCCGAAGCGCCGCGGUGCGGGAGGUGGUGGUGGUCGGACCCGGAAAGGACGGCAGACUGGGUGCGUCUUCUCCGGCUGGCCGUCCCGUCCUGCCUGAACACAUGCCUCGAGUGGUGGUGCUACGAGAUCCUGGUCCUGCUCACGGGCCGCCUGCCGGACGCCCGGCGCGCGGUGGCGGUGAUAGCGGUGACGCUCAACUUCGACUACCUCCUCUUCGCCGCCAUGCUCUCCCUCUCCGUGAGCGCCUCCGUGCGCGUCUCCAACUCCCUGGGCGCGGGCGAUGCAGCCGCUGCGCGCCGCGCCGCCACCAUCUCCAUCAUGGGCGGCAUCCUCGCCGGUGCCGCCGGAGGCGCGCUCAUGCUCGCGUCACGCCGGCAGUGGGCGCGGCUGUACACGCGAGGCGCGGGGGUGCGGGAAGGCGUGGCAAAGGCGAUGACGGUGAUGGCAGCGCUGGAGGUGGUGAAUUUCCCACUGAACGUGUGCGGCGGCAUCGUGCGGGGCACGGCGAGGCCGGCGGUGGGGAUGUACGCAGCAUUGGGAGGGUUUUAUCUCGUUGCGCUGCCGGUCGCGGUGGCGCUCGGGUUCAGGGCCCGGCGAGGGGUCGAGGGCCUGUUGGCAGGGCUCAUCGUCGGCGCGACGGUGAGUCUGGCGGUGCUGGUCGUGGUGAUCGCGCGCAUGGACUGGAAGGCCGAGGCUGACAAGGCGCGGGCCCGUGCUGGUGUCUGCGCCGUUGGUGAUGAUGUGCCGGGUUCCGGCAAGGAGGAGGCGACGUCCGGGAACGCCGGCGAGGUUUGACACGACGAGUGACUGCAUGCAUUAUCAUAUUCAUAUCUGGGUGCUCGUUCGAUCUAGUAAUCCAACUCGAGCUGAUUUCGGACGAAUGAUGCUAGACAUGGUUUCUAUCCUGUAUCGUAUGUGUACACCACCACCUAAUCACCUAUGCAGUGACGGACCUUUUUUAAUGCAGAAAAAUCUUUAA